CUUCCUGUUGAACAGGUUAAAAUCCCAUAUCGAAUUUUCGUAGGGGGCAUCGCAUUCAACGUAAGUUUCAUUAUUUUUUAUCACUUAACAGUUUGAAGUGGACUAACGCGAUUUAGACAUCAUCCUAUUUUCUUUCUUUGACAUGGUUAACAAAAUCUACGGUUACAGUAAAUUGAUUUACAUGUACAAAGAUGGCGACAAAUUUGAGGAUUCACUUAAAUUGUCGAGAACUGAAAUUUUGUUGCUUAGUAUACUUUGAUAUUGUAUAAUAUGUUUUCAGACUACAAAGGAGGAGCUGAAGGAAUUUUUUAGCCGUUAUGGAGCUGUGCGCGACAGCAAAAUUAUACGAGACGCAGAAGGUUUGAGUAAAGGGUAGGCUGGAAAGUUGUUGCUUGUUUUAUUUUACAUAGUGCUCCAAGUUACUUUAAGCGAAUAUUUGUUGAACAGUCAAGAAGUUUAGACGUUCUUGCUGACCGAUGAGAGGGCCUAUGAGCUCCAUGGUAGACAAAUUCCAGUUCUGUCUUUGGCUACUCUUCGGCUGGUACAACCAAAAGCGACGUGCAUUUCACGUUUUUAAUCCGUAACUAGCCCAGCUUUCUAUCACGCGUGAUACAAAAUCAUACAACAUUGACUCUUCUCUCACAAAUCCUAUAAAUCCUACUAUCCCGGCUCAGUGCAAGUUUUCAAUAUUUCGUUUAAAAAAAUAAAGGAUUCAUCCGGAAAAAGUUGACUGAAGUGAAAAACUAAUUAUUAAAGGCGAGCCUGUAUACAUGUUUCAUAAGAUUUUCCUUUGACCAUUUUUUCAGUCAGAAGUUUAUCUUUUAUGGCCGUUUCUCGUUUAUUUGAGGUACUUCCAGUGGAUACAAAGAAUAAGUGUGAAUUGGAAAUGGUUGAAAAUUUGAUUUCAAAUGCAUCAGUUCAACUUGAUUCUUUAAACGAGCAUGCCGAACUUUGACAGGUCUUUCCCUUUUCUUAAGGUUUUUUAUCGACAGGCUUAGCUCUGCAGAUAGGUUAACCUUUUCUCCGCCAAAGCUAACAAUACUAAUGGACGCGAAAGUUUAAGAAAACUGCGAGGUGUGAAAAGCGUAGACAUAGUGGCGCCCCAUACAACGCUUGCGUCGGAGAAUGACAGAAGUAGCGACGUUGAUAAAACUGGUUUAUAUUCCCUUAUCCCAGGUACGGAUUCGUGACAUUCUUCCGGGAGGAAGAUGCAAAAAAGGUCAUGAGUAUGGUAAGCUUGCUGUUAUCUCGUGUGUGGUAUGAUUUCUACUUAUUUUAGUCUUAUUUCACGUCAAAUCUCUACUUAUUACACGUCAAUAUUGACUUGCGUAUCCUACACACCGAAUAAGCGCGUGUGUUAUCGCCCGCUUAAGGCGACUGAGGCAGUGGUGGAUUUAUUAACAUUCUUUACCUUCACUUUUACGAGUUCAUAUAAAUUCUUCCCAAGCAAGAGUCUUUUAUGUUAAAUACUAGCCCAGGGAGCUGAGUUCUUCUGGCUUGCAGUCACUGGAGAGAAGACGUAGACGUGAAGUUUAGAAUUUGUUGUCUUUUAUGGAUCAGUAAUAUAUAUAUUAAAUAAACUCUCCCAUAAUGAUUUGGAGAAAACUGUAAAAGCAUUUGUUAUUUUGCAUUCUUAUGACAAUGAAGUAGCCCUAGCCUCAAAAGAGUCUUUUAUUUGUGAAGGCUCUUGAAUCAACUCCGUGAAGCAUUAACUUAAAUCGUAUCUCCAGGGGGAGUCUCGACUCACCUCCCCUUUUAAAGUUCUCGACCAGGCGCGUAGGGCCGUCAUUUUUGGACACCACUAUCCCGCUUCUAUCAAAAGCUCUUGAUGAGUGUCCUGCUUUCCUCCUGUCAAGUACUCGCCAAUUUUUAUGCCCCUGGGGGAGUAGUAGUGAACAAAGUUUUUUACAGGAAGGCUCCGCCCCAAAGUCUGACACCUUACCCUAUUUUGACAGAAAAAGUACCCCUUUGGUGAGGCCCACUAAGAGUGCAAGGGCGGGGGAGGUGGGGGUACGUAUGUCCUUAGUCUGACUUUCAAAUUCGGUCGUUUCGCCGUUUUGAGAUCGGAGUCGUCUUUUUCAUCUAGCUUUAUGUGGAUGCUUCAAGGUCAGUAUCCUUGUCAAAAUGUUACCAACAGGGUGGGGCCUCUUUUGUAUACCUUCCAUUGACAGAUGGUACUCCUUUCACAUGCCUACAAUGUUUAAGACCUUUGGACCUCUUUUAACUGCUGUAAAUGUACUGUCUGUCAAGUAUGAAAAAAUCACAAACCCGAACGUUUUCUGAACGUUUUUACAGCUAUAAAAUGUACUCAGUGUUAGCGUUUAAUUUUGGGACUUUUUACAGACCAAAAUGACAGAUUUUCCUACGCUUUCAUAUACUUCAACCAGUAAAAUCACUGCACUACCCUUUCAUUUACCUGAAGCCUGAGAAGGGUUCCCCUUGCGAGAAGAGCGGAGCCACCCUGUACUAGCCAUUAAACGAAGUACCCCUCCCGGGGUUAUGCCUAAUUGCAACAAAAAUUUCUAUCUUGUCCUGAAUUCGUGAAAGAUAAAAAAUUAAAGGGGGCUGAAGUUUGAUGAAGAAGAAGCAGGUUUUUACAACUUUGUUUGUCCUUUUUUUCAAGGGUACCAUUUUCUUUAAAGAGAAGCGAUUAAACAUUUCCGAAGCCUAUCGGAAACAGUCACCCGUACAUGCAACC